GCCCCGCUCCCCACGGCCCCACUCCGGGUUCUCUCUCGUCUCUCCAGUCUUCCACUCCGACCGGCGAUUGGCUGAGGCAGGCCGGGAUUCCCGACGGAGGGCGGCAGGGUCCAUCCAUGGCGCCGCGCGGCCGCGUGCAGCUCCGGCGGUUCCAGGACAGGCUGAGCCGGCAGGUGCGCUUCUUCAAGCGCCGCACGGGGCUCUUCAAGAAGGCCUUCGAGCUCUCGCUGCUCUGCGACGCCGAGGUCGUGCUCCUCGUCUUCUCCCCCGCCGGCAAGCUCUACGAGUACUCAUCAUCCGCCAGCAUAGAACAUACAUAUGACGGCUAUCAGCAAUUUGCUAGAGCAAGAAGAAAUGUGAAUGAAGCAUCCCAAAAUAGAAACAAUAACCAAGAUGAUGCUUCUUCAGAUUUGAAGUCAAGGUUUAGGGAGAUCACAACCUGGUCUCUCCAAAACAAUGCCAAAGCAUCAGAUGCCGAUGAGCUAGGGAAGCUGGAGGAUCUACUGAGAAAUGCUUUGAGGGAUACAAAAUCCAAGAAGUAGGCAAAUGGAACCGUUUUCUGGCUGCCAUCUUUGUGCCUGGUUCAGGCUAAGAUCAUUCAAAAAUUGUGUGGCUUUUUUAAUGACUACUUCAUCAUCUCACAGCUUUGACUUUAUUGAUGAAAUGACACAUGACACCUGGUUGGUUUGUUAUUUUUUAUUUUAAGAAAAAUCUCAAGCUUGGCAUAGGUUUCUUAGCAUCAAUAUUUUCUACCCUGUUUAUGCAGUGCUGUAUGGUUUUAAAAGUUCCAUCCUAUCACUGGUAUUCUGUAAGACAAGGGAAAAUGCUAGCAUUCAUAUUACAAAUAAAAUUGCGUCUUGAGACUAGGGGUACUGAUUCUUACAUUUAGAUUGGUGAUAAGCAGGAAAUAAGGGAACACCAGCCAUGUUUCUUUGGAUGCAGCUAAUUUUUAGUUAUUUUCUUCUAGUGUGGCCCAAGAGCAACACUUUGUUUAUGUGCUGAUUUGCAGUGAAUGGGCAAAACUUCUUUAUUUGACAUUCUAGCACUAGACAACCAUGCGUAGUGAACAAUAACUAACCUCAAUGCUGUGAUGGCCGGCCUUCCAUCAAAAGUCUCGUCAGAGGGCUCUG